AUGCUGGGCCUAGGCACGGCCGUCCCCUCCGCCUCGCUGGGCCUGUGCGCCCUAGUGGGCGCCGCGCUGCUGGGCUUGCUGCCGGCGGGCUCGGGGGCUCAGCCCUACCACGGCGAGAAAGGAAUCUCGGUGCCUGACCACGGCUUCUGCCAGCCUAUCUCCAUCCCUCUGUGCACGGACAUUGCCUACAACCAGACCAUUCUGCCUAACCUGCUGGGCCACACAAACCAGGAGGACGCCGGGCUGGAGGUGCACCAGUUCUACCCGCUGGUGAAGGUGCAGUGUUCCCCCGAGCUGCGCUUCUUCCUGUGCUCCAUGUACGCUCCCGUGUGCACCGUCCUGGAGCAGGCCAUCCCUCCCUGCCGCUCCCUGUGCGAGAGGGCCCGCCAGGGCUGCGAGGCGCUCAUGAACAAGUUCGGCUUCCAGUGGCCCGAGCGUCUCCGCUGCGAGAACUUCCCUGUGCACGGUGCGGGCGAGAUCUGCGUGGGGCAGAACACAUCGGACAGUGCUGGAGGAGCGGGCGGAGGCCCUACCGCCUACCCAACUGCGCCCUACCUGCCGGACCUGCCUUUCACCGCUCAGCCCCAUGUGCCCGGACGGCUUUCUUUUCCUUUCUCCUGUCCCCGCCAGCUGAAGGUGCCUCCCUAUCUCGGCUACCGUUUCCUAGGUGAGCGGGACUGCGGGGCUCCGUGCGAGCCGGGUCGGGCCAACGGGCUCAUGUACUUUAAGGAGGAGGAGAGGCGCUUUGCCCGGCUGUGGGUGGGCGUGUGGUCCGUACUAUGCUGCGCUUCCACGCUCUUCACCGUGCUCACCUACUUGGUAGACAUGCGGCGCUUCAGCUACCCGGAGCGGCCCAUCAUUUUCCUGUCCGGCUGCUACUUCAUGGUGGCUGUGGCCCACGUGGCCGGCUUCCUUCUGGAGGACCGGGCAGUGUGCGUGGAGCGCUUCUCGGACGAGGGCUACCGCACGGUGGCGCAGGGCACCAAGAAGGAGGGCUGCACCAUACUCUUCAUGGUGCUUUACUUCUUCGGCAUGGCCAGCUCCAUCUGGUGGGUCAUACUCUCCCUCACCUGGUUCCUGGCGGCCGGCAUGAAAUGGGGCCAUGAGGCCAUCGAAGCCAACUCGCAGUACUUCCACCUGGCCGCCUGGGCCGUGCCGGCGGUGAAGACCAUCACCAUUUUGGCCAUGGGGCAGGUGGACGGGGACUUACUGAGCGGGGUGUGCUACGUGGGCUUGUCCAGCGUGGACGCCCUGCGGGGCUUCGUGCUGGCUCCUCUCUUCGUCUACCUCUUCAUCGGCACCUCCUUUCUCCUGGCGGGUUUCGUGUCCCUCUUCAGAAUUCGCACCAUCAUGAAACAUGAUGGCACCAAGACUGAGAAGCUGGAGAAGCUCAUGGUACGCAUCGGGGUCUUCAGCGUGCUCUACACUGUGCCAGCCACUAUUGUCCUGGCCUGUUAUUUCUACGAGCAGGCGUUCCGGGAGCACUGGGAACGCACCUGGCUGCUGCAGACUUGUAAAAGCUAUGCGGUGCCCUGCCCCCCGGGCCACUUCCCCCCUAUGAGCCCGGACUUUACGGUCUUCAUGAUCAAGUACUUGAUGACCAUGAUCGUGGGCAUCACCACCGGCUUCUGGAUCUGGUCGGGCAAGACCCUGCAGUCCUGGCGCCGCUUUUAUCACAGACUCAGUCACAGCAGCAAAGGAGAGACUGCAGUAUGAACAGGUCCCCUUCGUCCUCCUCUCCCACCCACCUCCAAAUCCGCUGCUGGGUGGAGGAGAGGCCGGGGAAAGAACUUCUCGCAUUUGGGUUUUUUGUUUUGUUUUGAACUCCCUCCCCUCCUUACCUUCACCAAAGAACAUUGUGCAGUCUUCGUUGGCGGAGGGGUGGGUCGAACGAGGGAGCCUUGAAUGUAAAGACUUUUAGAUCGCGGUGGGGAAAGACCCUUUGGAUACAGACUUCCACGAGAAUAAUAAUAAUUUAAAAAUCAUUUAAAGAUACGGUAGGACAUUGGUCCAGCAAAGAAAAUCCCGAACAACAGAUUCUGAAGGCUCUCCCCUCUUAGGAGGCU